GUGUGUGGAAUACAUCAAGCGGGGAAACUGACUUGUGGUAACGCGGACGCCUAUGAAAAGCCGGAGAGAGGUUGUAAUUUAUGGGUUUCGUGACAUACAGCAAAUCUCACAAAGAAGGCUGUUUCGUAUUCACCAGCUAGCCGACAAUAAAAUCCUCAGAAUGAGUGAGAACGUGAGUGACGCGGUUCAGUUGUUCCAGCUCAUCAUCUACAUCCCAACAUUCAGCAUAGGCCUGCUAUUCAAUCUGUCAGCUCUGUGGAUACUUCUUUUCAAGAUAAGGAAAUGGACAGAAUCGACAACAUAUAUGGGAAGCCUGAUUUUCAGUGACUGUCUUUUGCUUUUCUCUCUGCCGUUUAAAAUUAGUGCCUACAAUACCAGUGAACAAUGGCUCCUUGGAAGCCCCUUCUGCUCCUUUUUGGAGAGCCUGUAUUUUGUGAACAUGUACGGGAGCAUUUUGAUCAUAAUGUGCAUUUCUGUAGAUAGGUACAUUGCUUUAAGGCACCCCUUUUUGGCGAAAUCUCUCAGGUCCCCACUGAAAGCUACGCUUGUCUGUGCUGCAAUGUGGACUAUCAUUUUUGGAUCAAGUGUGGAAGCUUAUAAAUUACAUGGCGAUCAAGUGAAUGUCACUCACUGUUUCCAUAGCUUUUCAAAUAGCACCUGGGAAAAGAUACACGUGAUUGCCACAAUGGAGACCCUUUUUGUUGCUAGUGCCUUAAUUAUGACCUUCUGUUCCAUUGAAAUAGUAAGAGUCAUAAAGAGAAGAGGAGGAGACAGUUUGGAAGUGCAAAAGCAAAGCAACAAUAAAUCAGUUAAAAUCGUCCUUGCAAACCUUGUUACAUUUCUGACCUGUUUUAUACCCUGUCACAUUGCAAUGCUUUUAUACUUUCUAGUGAAGCGUGAUAUAAUUCCUGCCGAUUACAGAGAACCUCUGCGCAGCUUUGUUCAGGUCAGCCUGUGCGUGGCCAAUGUAAACUGCAUGUUGGAUGGAAUUUGUUAUUACUUGAUUCUUAAAGAGAACUGGAAAUCCACUUCAGAGGUGACACAGGCAACUGAAAGCUCCAACCUGUCCAGGUAAUCAUAUCCUGGGGUCCCCGAGUGGCUCACCUGGUAAAAGCAUGGCAGCACGGGGUGCAUGGAUGAGUCAUUCAGUCAGGAGAGCACAAUUUUGCAUCCUGGCUGUGCGAAGUCGCCGGUCUUCGCUAGGGAUUCUGGAGGGAAGCAAAACCGGAAAGGACGGUUUCUCCUCAUCGAACUACAGCCAAUCCUACCAGCCAGUUGCCUAGAGAGCUCAGCUGGACACCUGCAGGGCUGGCCUUUGUCUUCCUGAGGCCGGUAGCUCGCUGACUUCCGCUCUCGAGUUCCUGGCUGUAAAAGAGGAAGCUGGCUUGGUCGUGGGAUUGGAGGACGCCCACUGAACCUUCAGUUCUCCUGAGCUGUGUGGAGAAUUACUGCGGUGAGGAGAAAAAUAAUUUCACAUUCUAAAUUGAUGAGAAAAUCGGGGGCAACAUAAUUAGUCACUCUAAAGUUUAAAAAAGGAGAACAAAAGAUAGUCAUAGCCUAUUCAGACCUAGAGUGCUAUGGGAUGGCCAGAUCUGUAUUGUGCAGUAGUGUAUGGUAGGUAGGGAGCUCCGAAGAGGAUCUAACUGAAGCACUCAAGUGAGGCAGGCUACACUGGGGUCAUUGUGCGAUUUACGAGAACUGCAAACCAAAACCAUUAAAGUGAUUUGAUGGGAGUUCAGCUUAAAACGAUAUUGUGUAAAUACAGUUUGAACAUAUUUUUUUGAAAUUGAUAUGCUUUACAUUACUGUUUAAAUUACUGUAUAUAAACAUACAAUGUGUAUUUUUUUUUUCUUAAAUUAUAUAUUGUUUAAGUCUGGACAGCUGAAUGGACAGUGGCAUGCUAGCUGCCUACAGUCACAUUUGUAGCAGGACUCUCAACAAGAUUUCCAAAUAAAAUACGGUGCCCCUG